AUGUGCAAAUCCUGCAACUCUGGAGCUAUCGAAACUCCAGAGCACAUGAUUCUUCAUUGCAACUUUGCUAAGAAUUUCUGGUCUAACCUCCCUGUUGUCAGUCAUGUUAUUGCUCAAGAUUUGAAUAGUGACAUUAGCAUUAAGGACUGGAUUUCUAAAUGGAUCUUCACUAAGAAUCUGUUAGAUAAAUCUGCUAUUGUGUUCACUACAGCUUGGUGCAUUUGGAAACACAGGUGUUCUAAAGUUUUUGACAACAAGCCCCUGAAUCCACGACUCACUGCCAACACUGCCCAUAGUUUCGCAGAUGAGACUGAUAGCUCUCUGGUCACUGCUGUUAUUUCUAAUCCUCAAACUGUUGCUGUUAAUGAGGAUAAUUUCCUUAAUAAUACUCCUCAGAAUAGUUUACUUGUCUUCUAUGAUGCUUCUUUUGACAAGGAUACUAACAACUCUGGUGUUGGCAUUGUGGCAACGAAUCAUGCAGGUUCUUUCAAGGGCUGUAAACUAGUGUCUGGUGCUGCUGCUAGUCCUGAGGGUGCUGAAAGCUUGGCCAUUCUGGAGGCAGCUAAAUGGAUCCUCUCUAAAAACCACCAAAAUAUUUUCUUAAUUAGUGAUGCCAAGAAUGUUAUGGCUUAUCUGAAUAAUAACAAAGAACGGACUAGCUGGUCCUCUUGUUCUGUUUUAGAUGAUUGUCUAUUUCUUUUAAAAGAUAUUCACUCCAUUAGGUACAAACACCUUAAGAGGAAUCUUAAUAGUAUUGCAGACUUAGCUGCUAAGCAUAGUCGUAUAGAGAAAGUUACAGGUGAAUGGGAUGAAUCAAUAUUCCCCACUUUCUCCAAAAUGAUGUAA